AUGGAGGACACCAUCAGGACUUUAGUAGACAACUCACUACCAACCAUUGCUCCAGGACAUGCCAAUGAAUUGGACAAUCGCGUGAUCAUGGAUGAUGGCUUAGAGAACAAUGGUAGAGGUGAGUCUAUCGGUAUUAGCCCUUUCGAUACUAAUGAAAAAUCCCCACCCUCCAUUUUUCAGACACCUGUCAAGGAACUGAAGCCUUUGCCCGACCAUGACAUGUAUGUAUUCCUGGGAGAGAAAAACACAAUUGCAGUGAUUAUUUCAAGCAAGCUCACCAAAACUCAAGAAGAUGAGCUCGUCAAAGUUCUCCAGUCUUACAAGCAAGCGUUGGGGUGGAUCAUCUCAGACAUUAAGGGAAUAAGGCCCACAAUUUGCAUGCAUCGCAUUUUAUGGGAAAUAGAAACUGAACUUGUUCAUCAACACCAAUGCUGCUUGAACCCAGUGGUGUUGGAUUUUGUGAAAGCCGAGGUCCUGAAGCUUCUGGACAUGAGUGCAAGCGGCGAGCAUAGGAAACUACAAAUUCAAGAACUACGAAAGAGAUGGUAA